GCCCACUCGUACACUAUAGGAAUUGAAAGAUUGGCAAACUAUUUGAUAAUACUUAUUUUGUAGUUCGUAAUGGCUCUCGCCAUAAAGGCUUUGGUUUCCAAAGCCGUUAAAAUUAAAUGUGUACAACCAAUACGAUAUUACGCUCGAAGGGGACUACACCACUACCACUGUUCCAAUGAUUUCAUAGGACCAGUAAACGCCUCCUAUAAUCAUUAUUUACAGUUACCCAUACCGAAAAACAAGUUCUUAGCCACUUACGUCUGGAUUGAUGGGACUGGUAUCAAAUUGCGGUCUAAAGAUCGUGUUUUGGAUAAAGAACCUUGUGAUUUAAAAGCGCUUCCUAAUUGGUCAUUUGAUGGCAGCUCUACAGGUCAAGCAAAAACAGACGAUUCAGAUACACUACUAAUUCCUGUUGCAAUGUACCAAGACCCCUUCAGGAGAAGCCCACACGUCAUCGUUCUAUGCGAAACAGUACAUGGAGACGGGACUCCUACGCUUACCAACCACCGAGCCGAAUGUGCAAAAAAUUUAAGUAAUAUUUCUGAUCAAGAUCCCUGGUUCGGCAUUGAACAAGAAUACACCAUGUUUAAUGAAGAGAACUGGCCAUUGGGCUGGCCUGGUCCUCGAGGGUAUCCUGCACUUAAAAACAAAUUUUCAUAUUGUGGUAUUGGAAAACAUGUCGCAGGGAGAGAAAUAGUUGAAUGUCAUGCAAGGGCAUCCUUGUAUUCUGGCAUGGAUUAUGGAGGCAGUAAUGCUGAAGUAAUGAUGGGCUCUUGGGAAUUCCAGGUAGGGACUACACCAGGCAUUAAAGCAGCUGAUGAUUUGUGGAUAGGACGUUAUUUACUAGAGAGGAUCGCCGAGAGUUUUGGAGUAACUAUUAGUUAUCACCCUAAACCAAUGGGUAUGGAGCAACCGGGAAUAGGAUGCCAUCAUAAUUUCAGCGUAAAGAAAAUGCGUGCUGAUGGAGGUAUUACAGAAAUAGAAAGAGUGUGUAAAGUUUUGUGUGAAAACCAUGUAAAAGAUAUGAUUCAUUACGGUCUUGGAGACAGUGAUGCGAACAAGAAACGAUUGUCAGGAAAAUUUGAAACCUCGUCCUUUGAUACGUGCAAGUGGGGCGUAGCUGAUAGAACGGCGUCCAUUCGAUUACAGAGAAGUGUAGCAAUAGACAACAAGGGAUUCCUUGAGGAUCGUCGCCCUGCAGGAGAUUGUGAUCCUUAUAGAAUAUGUGCUCGCAUUGCGCAAACUUGCAAAUAGUUCUGUUAAGUUUUUGUUGAUAAGUAAUGACAAAAGAAGUGAAAAAAAGAAUCAAGAAGAGUUUGCAAAUUUCAUCUGCAAUGGCUGCAAGUGAUUAUUUCUUCAGCGCAAGACAAGACAAAUAUAAUCGAUCUAAUAAGAUAAGUAGAUUGGGAUGGAAAUAAUUAACCAGUUCACCUACGCAAAUAAAGAGUCGUUUAAAACUUCUACUGUUCUAACUAAAUUGUUUGUCAUUUCAAAAAAAUAAAUAAAAAUUGAA